GUAUUACUCCAGUAUAGUAAGUAGUAACGUAACAUCAUCGCGUGUGCCAUUCUCUGGGGAACCAUUGAAUCGAAUUGUUGUCAGACUAGCGGUUUGGUGCAUUUUAGAUUCAAUUCACGCUAUCACGUGGUGCUAAAAUUUAAAUUGUAAAAUACAAUUUCUAUAUUAAAAAUAAUUUUUAGGACUUCUUUUAAUACGUUUUCACAAUAAUAAAUUUAACUAAAUUUGAAGUUUUCAAAUACUUCAAUAAAUUAUCAAAAUGUUCAGUCAAAAGCAAUGGAUAUUGAUUCUCGACUUCGUACUUCUAGUCUUAGUUUUGAUUGCAAUGGGUUUGGUAGAAUUCGGAACUAUUCCACACUUGCAAAGCAUUGGCUUUUUUUGCGGUGAUCCCAAAAUAAGCUAUAAAUACAAAGGCGAUACAGUGGAGUCUCAUGUGCUUAUACUGGUUACGCUCAUAAUUCCAUACUUGGCCGCAAUGAUGACAGAAUACUUCGUUAAAGAAAAAAACAAAUUUAAUUCCGAACGAUAUGAAUGGUUUAAAGAAUCAUUGCGAUGGUAUCGGCAGUAUAUCUUAGGACUGAUAUUCGUAUUUUUUAUAACGGACGUCGGUAAACUUCUAAUUGGUGAACCUAGGCCACAUUUUUUAGACACAUGUCAUCCUAGAGAAGCCAAGAACUGCACUAAUAAGUAUAUAGAUCGUUAUACAUGUAUGAACGAAAAUGAAAGCGCAUAUAUCAUAAGAGAUGCUAGCAAGUCAUUUCCAUCGGGCCAUGCUUCCAUUUCAGUAUACGGAUCAAUAUCUUUGGCUUGGUAUCUACACAACAAAUGUAAAUCGCGUUCGAUGCUGUUAAUGCCAGUCUUACAGGCAUUGUGUAUACUCUGGGCCAUGUUUUGUUCCUUGACACGAAUCACUGAUCACAGACAUCAUUGGUGGGAUGUGUUGGCCGGUUCGAUCAUUGGAAUAGUGAUCACCACUUACAUUAAUGGAUUAUUUGAUAGACAAAAAAAUGAUAACAAAUCACAUUCGACUACUGAAACUUGGUCUAACGAGACGACGGACAACGGUUAUUUUACUGCAGGAAGACUUUUAAACGUCGUCCCCGAUGGUAAAAAUCCAUCUCUGAAUUUGUAAUUUUUGCCGAAAAGCAACUAUAUUGUACACAUAAAAUACUCACUUUAUAUUUUUACUCUGUACAGCAUAAGUGUUAUUGAAACAAAAAUUAUUUGUUAAUGUUUAAACAUCAGUAUUCUCACUAUUUAACUGUACAUAUAUUAAAUUACAUAUUUCCUUGUAAAUUACAUUAGAUAUAGAAAUGCGUGACAAAUUGGAAUUUUAGUAGUUCGCGAGUUUAGUCCCGUUAUUUUACACAUAUCUAAAUUUAUAAUUUUUAAUUAUUUUUAAUAUUUGUUG